AUGGAAACAAGGGUGCCAUUAUUCAAUCACACAUCCGGUCACUCUUCGACACACCGAGGGUUGCCACAUUUGAGCUUGUACAUCAAAGAACCCAGUUCAACAUCCCGAAACAAUGAUAAUAGCGAACUACCUGAUCACCAAUCUACCGACAGCGUGAACAACAAUACUUUGAACUUAAGUGGCUUCAGCAAUCUGUCUCUUUUAUCUCAGAAUAGCGAUGACGAUACUAAAACCGAAUUUUCUGAGCCAUGGGAUAGUUCAAGGUGGGAACAUUUGUUGCCUGUUGCCAGUAAAGAACAAAAUCAAGCACAUUUAAAGCCAGUAAAUCGGAACAAAAGUUUCUCUGAACGUUUGGAUCCACUUUUAGCAGUCCCACGGAUCCAAGCACUGGCACGAAGCCGCUUGAUGGCCCAAACCGGCACCGGUUCUUCGACCCGCGAGUACGCUCUACAGCUGACCGCGGACAAGACCACCGUGUUCGCCAGGUCCAUCGACAACUUCGUGUGCUGCACGGUCGAGUCCAAGGAGACCAACCCGUCGGUGGUGAUGAGGAACGUGCGGCAGUUCAUGUCGGGCAUGAAGAACUACCUGUUGAAACACGGCGAGAAGGAAUUCCAAAAAGUUGUGGAAAAGGAGCGGAGCCAGUUGAAACCUACCGAAUUCUUGAACCUCGACGUGAUCCUGGAAGGCGUGAUGAACAGGCUGGUGCUCAGAGAACUCCGGGAACACGUUUACAGCCUUCUGGUCGAUGAGUACGUCAAUAACGGCUCUAUACCGUCCAUGGUCGAAAACAUACACUACGCCAAGUCUAAGAGUAUUCAAGACUUUGCUGUCCGAGUAAGUUUAUCCUACGAAUUAGCCGUUAAUCAUUUUAAUUAG